AUGGCAAGCAAUCCCCUCGUGGCAGCUGCACACCAUAUCAAAGAUUCAUUGUCCGAUGCUAUGAAUCGUCUUGGUGUCGGCGGCAAUCAUCAAAAUACCACGACAACAACGAACUCAAAUGAGAAUACAAAUACACGUCAUCUUUCUUUAGAUACGUCGAAUAUCGCGAAAGUUUUAGUUAUUGGCGAAACAGGCAGUGGCAAAUCAACAUUCAUUAACUAUUUAACAAACUAUUUCCGUGGCGGAUCAUUACAAAAUAUCAAAGUGGCCAUUCCAUCAAAAUAUCGUACAGUUAUUACUGAACAAUUUGCUCAUUGUGAGAACAAUGUUCGUGAUACAACACAAUCGAAAACGGAUAUGUGCAACCAAUAUAUUUUUGUCGAUACAGCAAGUCCUGCUCAACGACAAUAUCUCUUCCUUGAUACACCAGGUCUGUCGGACACACGAGGAGCAGAACAAGAUAAUCAGAAUAUGAACAAAAUUAUCGAUGGCGUCGAAUCUCUGGGUGGUCUCUCAGCUGUUAUUAUUGUUGUUAAUGGUACAACAGGUCGUCUUACAUUGAAUCUUCGAAAUGUCAUCGCGCGUCUUCGCGGUAAUCUACCUGAUGUUGUCAUGGAUAAUGUGAUUGUUGUCUUGACGAAUGCCAAACGACAUGAAGCGAACUUCAAUAUCUCGUCGCUUCAGUUACACGGUACAGUUUAUCCGUACUAUAUGCAAAACUCGGCCUUCUCACAGGAUCCCAAUGCAUGGGAUCAAGCAGCACUCGAUGCGUUGCAAUUCGAUUGGGAUGCUUCGAUGGAUGAAUUAAAGCGAAUGAUGGAAACAAUUGACACAUUCAAAACCAAGUCUGUUGGUGCAUUCAAAGAUAUGAAAGAUAUACGCAAUGCGAUCAAAGCACUAAUGCACGAAGCUCGCUUAGAAGUUUCUCAAAUACAAAAAAUGCAAGAUGAAUUGGCAGCAUUUGAACAUGCACUCAAACAAUAUAAAACAGAAGAAGUUACCUACAAAGAUUAUACGCGUGAACGAGUCGUUGAAACAAAAGAAUUAGUUGAUGCUAAAUAUCAUUCAACCGUUUGCCGGAAAUGUGAUCAUGUUUGUCAUGAUAAAUGUGGUCUGCAUGAAACAACUACACAUGGCAAUCGAAUAUUUCAACGAUGUUGGGCAAUGUCGGCGGAAGGUCAGUGUUAUAUCUGUCCAUCACACUGUUUAUAUACUGAACAUUAUCAUGCACGGAAAACAAUGAAAGUGAAACAACAAAAAUUGCAAGAUGUUCUUCAUGAUAUCAAAGCUAAAUAUGAUUCAGCGACAAAAAAUACAAACGAUUUUCAGUCGCGAAUUACUACAACACAAGAAGCGAAGAAAAUGCUGGAACGUGCAUUGCAACAAAAACUCGAAGAAAUCAAACAUAAAUGUGCUGAGCUGAGACGUAUAUGUAGUGGAUUCAAUUUAGCACAAGAAUUGCAUGCAUUGAUUGAUCAAUUGAAAGCCGAAGCAGUAAUGUUAAGAAAUAUCGAAGCGAAACAACAAGCCGAAGACUUCAUUCGUAGCUUAAGCGAAUUUUGUCGACAACUUGAAGCAGAUCAAGUGGCUAAACAAACUCUACCACCCAUGCGUCUUGUUGAUACAUAUACAUCGAAACCAUUUCGAUCCGCAACAACAACGAGCAUCGCAUCAAAUGCCAAUUCAUCUAUAUCACCUUCAACACUGUCAGACAACACACCCAAUUUGAAUACAAGUGUGCUUGAUUUAAUUACAAAGCUGAAUAAACCCAAAAAACCACUACCGACAAUACCUGGCAAAGAUUUUGACGACGAAGAUGAUGAUGAUGAUGACGAUGAAAAUCCUGAUAGUGAUCGUGAUCGUGGCGAUGGUGACGACGAUGAUAAUGAUGAUAGAUAUGCGAGAGAAAGACCAUCAACAUCGUCACGUUCACAUCGGCAUACUAAUCAGAGCAACAAUCACGAUGAUGAAGUUAGCUCCAUACAUGAUCGUCGAAAACGGCGACAACCGUCAGUAUCUAACACUACGAGUAAUAAUAACAAUUCUUUGCAACAACAGUAUGCUUCGUUGACAACCAUGGAUCUCGUUCAACGGUAUAAUGAUUGUAAAGAUACACGAAAAUCAAGUGCAAUUUUGAUUGAACUGAACCGCCGUUCACAAGGUAAAUCAACAGGUCCACUCGUUUCAUCAACUGAUAUCGGAACAUUUGCCCGUUAUACUCAACUCUAUAGUUCACAAGAUGCACCCACAUUAAGUCAUCUAUAUUUACAACUCCAACAACGUAUUUCCAAUAUGACUGAACCUGAUAUACUGAAUAUUGUUCGUGUACCCAAUGAUCUUCUGUUGGAAAUUGCCGCUCUGUACACACUUAUUGCACAAAAAAAUCAACAGCAACAACAACAACAAGGACAGAAUCGUGAUGGGAACUAUGCAAAUGAAGGCUCCUUUGAACGUCCACCAGAUCACGUGUCUUCAACAAUGAUGAUGAUGAAAACGUCUACACCUAUUCCUCAAACACUCAUGGGCUACUACCCUAUACCUGUUGGUCAUCAUCCAGGCGAAGCAACCAUACCUGCCGGUACUCUAUUUAAACCAAUUCAAGCGACGAAUAGUGCUGAUAUAAAUGUCCAAACGAACUCUCCGCAAACAGCAUUUGUUUCAACGCCGACACCAUCGACACCAAUAUCACCUGUGUCUGCGCAAUCAUCAUUGUUACUUACGGGUUCUAAUGGAUUUCAUACUGACAUUGUUAACAAUAAUAGUGCUGCUGUUGCACAAUCCUCAAUAACAUCACCACUACCACCAUUGUUGCCACCAGCUCCACCAUCAUCAACUUUCUCGUUACCAUCCACUUCUACAAUGCCAAUACCGACAACGAUUCCAUCAGAUCGAUCUGCGACCGGCUCACCAUUUACAUUCCUUUCACCACCGUCAACCUGUACAAAUGAUGCCUCUUUUGCAAUAAUAACACCAUCUGCGUCGAGCAAAGACGACUACACCAUGAUCAAUAUAGCGCCAGUAUCGAAUACAGUCAGUGAUGAUGAUACAAUGAACUCAAAUACCUUGGCCAAUGCGACUAUCACGCGUUUAUUAACAUUAUACAACGAUGCAAAAUCAUCGAAUAAGAAUGCUCAAUUGUUUUCUAUUUAUCAAGAGUUAGAACGUCGCUGUACUGGUGCUAAUUGUCACCAAUUAACAAAAGAUUAUCCUGCAGUAUAUGAAACAAAACUAAACGAACAUACACAUAAAACAGUUGCAGAACUGAAACAAGCCUACGAUAAUAUUCAACAACAGAUACGUAUACGAACAAAUAGUGAUGCAACGCACAUCAAUGAUAUACCGAAAGAAUUAAUCAUCGAAUCAACUGCUCUUCUAGCCACUAUCAAACAAAAAGACAUUUAG